GGCCACAGACACAGCAGCGCUGCUGCUGAAAAAAAUCCCAAAAUACUUGUAAGGUAUUCACCUUUAUCUACAGAGAGCAUAAAAAUCCAAACAAACUGUAAGGUGCGCUCGAGGAGCUUUAAACUUGCAUUUACAGCACAUAUUUUUCUCAGGAGCUGUAUGAGCAUUGCAUUUGUAGAUGACUGGAUUACUGACCUACACAAAUAAUGCCAUUUGUGGUUUUGCAUUCACAAGUUAAAAUGUGCAAUAACUACUAUUUUUGUGUUGAUCAAUCAGGAAUUAGAAGUUCAUAAUGAAUUGUUGGAGCUCCUGUGAAAAGUUGCUUUUUAGUAUUAAUUUUUGAAACAAUGUUUUGUUACAUUGAGGUUUGUCCUCUCCUGUUUUGGUAUUUUCAGCAGGCCAAAGAGGAAUGUCACAAUCUCCUGUGAAAGUGCAGACUGAGUAACAACAGCAGGGUUGUCUUCAAGAGUAAACUUCAUGAGCAGCCAUGCCACCCCAGUUUAAGUAAUCACCCCACACAGCCUGACUACCCUGAAAGCCAUAUUGAUUGACCUGAACAAAGAAAGGUUAUUUCUGUUGGACUUGAUCUAUAUUGAUGAUGGUCUUCGUAGUUGGUCCACAGUUCUCUGUGAAGCAGCACCACCAGUGAUCAGACUGUGGUUUGGCCUCUCCUCUCCUCCUCCCAUGCUCGUCAUUCAUAAGAUUCUCGGUGCUGUACGAAGAGGAGGGGCUUUCCUCUCCUUCCCUCUCCAGUCUUGCACCUCGCUCAGUAAGAUAUCACUUUGCAGGCUCCCUCACCACACCACACAGUUGACCAAUACACAGCCUGAGUCUGAGCGACUGGCAGCGGCAGCAGGAGUAACAACCUGACAGACACAGGCGAGGGCUGAGAGUGCUGCUUUGUCGGAGCUGCACGCUUUCCCCCUGGAUUGGACAUCCUUCAACCCAGUGUGCUUUGAGGUGAAACCGGUGUCAGGGAGCAGCAUCCAGUCAGCCAACCAGCCUCUCAGUGCACGGACUCCAGAUGCUGAGACCAUUUUCUUCAUGCAUCUGCAUCGUGAAACGUUGGGGCGUGCAGCAGAGGAUUAACUCCCGUUUGCUUUGAUGUCUGGUUAUUAGGCUGCAUCAUGUUUUUUCACCAUACAAGAGACUCGUUUCUGCUCAGAAGAUCUUGUUCUUGCUGGCAGCUGCACGCCUCACCUCUCCUACCUGUGCAUCCUCGUUGACAUCAUUUGUGUUCUGCAGAUUUUCAUCCCUUUUGAUUCACCCCCACAGCAUGCCUCUUCAACGCUGGCUGCUGACGACCCGCCAGCCCUCUUAAUAAAAGCACUCCAGGAACUGACAUGGAUGCUGGAAGCCGGGCUGUGACGGUUGGAGACGCCGCGUCCAAUGUGACAUCAGCCCAUUUCAGGCUGGAGCUCCUCAACGCCUCGAGCGCUCCGACCCUGUGGGACAGCAGCACGAGCCCGCCCACAGGGGAGACCGGGCUGGACGAGCAGGAGAGGAUCAUCCGAGAACAAGCCUACAGGGACUUCACCACCACCAUUCAGGUCCUCAUCCUUAUCAGUUCACUUCUUGGUGAGUGGAAACACCCAAACAACCACACUGUGCAAAUACACAGACUCAAAACAAUCAAAUAUCAUUUGGGGUAGAAAUGCUUAAUUCAGGCUAAACCUCCACGUUUGUGUUUUCUUUGAGCCUCGAAUAUUUGAUUCUGUGAAACUGGGUCGAGGGAACCCUCCUUUGGGAAAACCCUUUAUGACAGAAUCAUACCCUAUCUGAGAGGAAUCAACAAGUCCAGCGGAGAACAAAUCUGCAGGACUCUAAAUGAGGAAGGAGAGGCGUAUCCAAAGCUGUUCUUCUUAAAUGAACUCCACAUAAAUGACUAUUUUACAUCUUGGAAUUAUGGUAAAGCUAUCCUUUUGAAAAUGAAAAAUAAAAAUGAUAUUAUAGCCCUCAGUUAAAAAGAAGGUAAUUUUGUUCAUUUUAAAGCUCCUGUAAGCAGUUUUUGAUGGUCAUCUAAAAAAGAUCAUUAGGGAGAAGAUUUAUUGAUUUAUUUUAAUAGCUAUGUAUGAGGCUUGCAAAUGCUGCCUCGGGGUAUGUGUUGCAAAAACACACUGAGAAAACAGUCUUUUUUUUAAACCCUUUUCUCAAAUCUAUGUGGUGAGUGAUAAGUUUGGCCUUUAAAUCAAUGCACAGUAUAUAUUGUAAGAUAUCACCAUCUAGACAAAGUCAGCCAAAGGAAAAGAUGUUUUUUGUUGUCCACAGGGAACUCAAAACCUGACACAAAUUAAGAGUUCACAGUUACUUCAUUCUUUCUUAUUGAAAAUUUGCCUUGAAAAUUGUGUAAAAAAAGACACAACUCAGUGCAACAUGAUGUAACAUAAAAAUGACACCAGACUUGCAAAAAUCAAGUGGCGCCCAAGGACAAGAACAUUUCUUAAAGCUCUCAUGAGAAGUUUUUUGAUGUUCAUGAAAUAGACUGAUAUUCCCAUUGAUGCCUUUUUAUGAUUAACAAAAGCAAACAAGACCAUUAGUGACAAGAUGUAUGAUUUCUAUAUUCUUAUUUGUAAUGCCUGAAACUGGUGUGAAGGGUUAGGGGUCAGGUGAGCAGCUGAAGAAUAAACCAUGUUUGUACAAUGUCAUCAAAGAAUAUACACAAAAAUUAUACAUUUGACUUCCAAAAGUUAGCAGAGGGAGUUUUUUUUUGUCAAAAGAAACUACUUCAUUGUGUAGAGAACAAGUCAAGCAAAGAACAUUUGGUCCACAGGCUGAAAUUAAACCUAAAUUUCUCACAGGGGCUUAAAAUAUGCACUAAAAUUUAUACAUCUUUCUUGACAUCAUGAAUGCAUGGGCCUACUGUUGAUGAUCAGAGUGCUCAGUAGGUCAUGGAACAGGAGAAGGAAAUUAAAACAGGAUUAACACUAAUAACAGCUCCUGUGAGGAGUUUUCAUGUUUAUGAAACAGACUGAAACUCAUACUGAUGCCUGUUUAUGACAUACAAAAGCAAACAAGCCGGUAGUGACACAAUUGAAAUUUUUAUAUAGUUAUCUUUAAUACCUGAAAUUGGUGCCAUGGGGCAGGUGUCAGCUGAGCAGCCACAGCUCCAUUUUCAAACUUUAUCAUAAAUGAAACUUUAAACUUUAUAAAAAAUGCAUUAGAGAAAAUGCCAAACUUGUUGAAAUGGUUUCAUUUGCUUCUUUACAUCCUAAAAAUGAAUCGCAGCUUGUUUCAGCCUGUUUUAUAUCCAAUCAAAAUAUCCCCCACAGUAGCUUUAAAGGAGCUUUAGGUGUGACCAAGUUUUCAAAUUAGAGCAAAGGACAGAAAAAGCUCUAGUGCACAAUCUGCUUGUUUUCAUACUUACUAGCCUCAUUUUCUCUUUAGAUAUCUGGAAAGUCACGACAUAUGCCGGCCUUUCGAUGGUUUUUAAAAAUGUUCAUGAUAUCUGCAGCCUUUUGUGGGUAGCAAUACUUCGGUCCAGGGACAGAGGAUUGUGUUUCAUACUUGACACAACCUCAGGACUUGUCAUCUUGUUGCCUGUGUUGGUGUAUCUGUUGACUGUCUUUACUGUGUUUUUUUGCUCAGAAUAUGUUGGAUGUUAAAUACCUUGAUAUUAAUAUGUAAAUUAGAGAAUAAGCACCAUCUUAUUUUGUUUAUUUUAGCCUCCUUUCAUAAGACCGAAGCUUUUGAUAAGACAGCACAGUGAGUCAUUAUCUAGUUGAAGCUGUAGUGACAAACAUGACAGGUGUAGGCUAUUUAUUCCACCGUAAAUUUGGAUGACACAGGCAGCAAUAAACACACAGUUUGGGUUUCUUUCAAGCUGAAACAGCAUUGGCUCUGAGACAAAUAUUCAUACUCGUGCCAGGAAAAGCUCAGGCUGCUGCUGCUCUCAAUGAUGGUGAUGAUGAUGGUGAUGGAUGUAAUAAAGAAAGGAGCUGUGUGAAUUGUUAGACAGCAGCACCAGCACAUCAGUCCCUAACACUCCUGGCUUCCAAAUCCUCCACGUCUCACUGGCAACCAGAAAAACAAUCCUCCAAUCUCAAAGAAGUGCUUUGUAAGAACAUGUUAUUUGUCUCGAAGUGAAACUGUUAACAUCAGGAGUCUUUUUCAUCAUGGAACAAAACACUCAGGAGUGAUUGCUGGUUUUUUGAAAAGUUCGAACUUGAUGACAGACUGGACUUUUUGCAGCUUGGAAAUAAUUGAAGAAGAACUAUUUAGGCUAUUUAGAUUACACACUAAAACAGGCAAAAAAGUGACCAGCUGACUACUGCUCUGACUCAGUGCCACCUCCGGCUGUGCAGCAUGUGGCAGGGUUAGAGCAGAGCGUCUUUAAUUACUGCAUAAUAUUUCCUUUUAGCAGCAUGAAUCAAACUGUUUGCUUUUUCUAUUUAUUGUCCAUAUGGCUAAAUGAACUGAUUCAUCUUUUUCUAUUCGAGUGACCUUACUUACUCGAGCGCUGAAAAGCUCAAUCAGGAGAAAUCAGAAAUAAAAAUAUUGUCAAUUUACGAUGGAUACACAGUCCAAAUAGGAACUUCAGAGUUGACUGUGUGUUUGGACUAAAAGCACAUUUGUCCUUCCAAACAUGUCUGAAAAAUGAAUGUUGUCUUCUCCUUUCAUAUCGCCCCUCAGUCAGGCACCAGCGAAUCUAUUUUAUUGUUGAUAGUUAGUCACCCUGAUGCUUCACUGUGGGUCAUGAAAACAAAAAACUUUUUUGUGAUAUAAUUGCAAUCAGUGAGUCUGAAGUUUCCCAAACUAUUAUUAAAGUAAAGAUUGUGUCACUGGAAAUGUUGGACUACUUUUCAAGCACUGCACUGUUGCCGGCAGCCGCAAAACAAGCUGAAAUGUAGUUUAGCCGGGCAAUUGCACAUCAUCAAACUGUGUCUACUACAAAGGCGUUAUUUCACCAUGUAUCGGGAUCAAUGAGGACCGGUGCAUGGCUGAUCAGAGACUGUAGCUCUUUUCUUCUAACUUCACCACAAAAAAAAAAAAAAAAAUUCAAAGCAAUUUCCACUCCCGACCUGACUAUGAAUUUAAAAAUAACCCAGAGAAUAAAAACAAUGAAUAAUAAAUCUGAUGAGACUCUACAGGGCUUUCCCUGAGUUUCAGUUUUUUAUUAAUGCGAGCCCAUUAUUCUGAAACCACUUUUUACAACAUCAAAAAGGUAUAAAGAAAAUGAAAGGAUACAUCUCUUUUCAUAUUUUGAGAGCUUGAGAUCAUGUCUGUCCACCUCUGUGGGGAAAUUUGCUGGAUUUAGUGUCAAAUUUCUGUAUUUCUCCUGUGGAAUUGUCCCUGGCUAUUUAAGUAUUCAAGGGUUCAAAUCUUAUUAACACCUUUAAUAAUGCAGACUGUUCACAGUCUUUAAAACCUUAAUAAAUGAUAUAUGGGGGUGUAUAUUGCUAUGAUAAAGGUCAGUGAUUAUUCAUUUGACUGUGUAGUUGGUAUUUGAACCGAUUGUUACUCUUAUCAUAGGCCACACAUUGUCUUAACUUGUUUUUUCAAUCUAAGCAGUUUGUUGGAAAUGUUCAAAAUGAAGACAACGAUUUUACCCACGAGCCAUUUCCACAAAGUUGAGCAUGACACAUUCAAUCCCUCUGAAAUGUUUGGUUUCUGUACAAUUUAAAAAUAAGCAUUUGUAAUCACUGACUCACAGAGCAUUAGUGUUUUAAAGUGUUGCGUCAUCUUUGUUGGCUCUUACUGAGCAUUAAACUUGUUUCUUUGUUCAGGUAGGAGAACAGCCAAGAAGCAGUAAUUUACUGUUUUAUCAGGGUAAACAGUGAAACCUGAUGUGAAAAAUAGCAUGAUUUGUCUUUAUGGUUAAAUAGGCUGUAUGAAAAAAGUAUUAUGUGACGUGACCCCCUCUCUGGAUUUUGAAGAGAUGUUAUGAAGCUUCUCCACCAUAAUAAAAAAAAAAAAUGUUGACCCCGUCAACUAAUUGCCAGGUCAAAAGGCAGAGCUGAGGAGGGUCACAAGCGGACUGACAAAUACCAACAUGUCUACUUGCUUGUGAGCCAAGCCACGCCCUAAAUUAUGUGUAUUUGUGCAUAACUUCACAUUUUACAUUAUCUUUAUGGGUGCGUUAUAAAAAGAUGACCUCUCAUUCAGUAUGUGUAGAUAAAUAAAUGAGCCACAAAACAAAACAAACAACAACAAAAAAACAACAACUGCUAAACCAGGUGAUAAACAUGUUCAUUUUAAAUCUUUUAAUAUGAGCCCUAAUGGAGAAUCCUCAGCUCUCACAUCAAGUGCAUAUGAGGUAAAGCAGUUUUUUGUGCUGUUGCGUUGACUUUGUGUUUCACCACAGAAGGUUGUGGAGAAGAAACUGAAGACUUAUGCUUACCUUAAAUCUCCAGAGAACUUUUUUGAACAAGGUUUUAGGAAGAAACACCUAAAGCUCCAAUGAGGAUUUUUUUUUACGUGUUUAUGAAAUGGAUUAAAACUCUUAUAAAUGCAUUUUCAUGAUAUUCAAAUGCAAACAAGGCCAUUGGUAACAAUGGCGGUCAACUUGCAAUCUCUGACAUCCAAUAUUUCCUCUCAAUAUUUUUAUGUAAAAUGUAAUAAAAUGAUAAUAUACCACCUUUAAAAAACUAAAUUUUCCAUUUUAUGUGUUCCUUUUGAAAGAUAUAGCAAUUAACAUGAAUCAGAAGAUCAAGUUUAUGUGACCACACAUGAGGAAUCUAAUAAGAGACCAACUAGAGGUUCUGUGCCAAGCGCAGUCCCAAGUGCAGUAUUGACUUUUAAUACUGCUUAUCCUGAAGCACAGAUCACCAGGUUGUUCAUCAGAUUAAUGUGCCUGUUAAGCGUAGCAGCAGCUAAAAUGACAGGCUGAUGAAGUCUACGAGGAGUUAUAGAAUCUGGCCUUCUGGGAUAACACUUCGUAUUUGCUCAGCAUUCAUAAAAAGGUGUUUGACUCAAACUAAACAGACUAUAACACCAAGGUGAAGCAACAAAGGAGGUGUUCAUGGUGCUAAUGAUGUUUCACACAUGCUGCCGUGUUUCAACACCCAAGCGAGUCUGUUUCUAAACUGAAAGCAGGUCCUCAUUAAUGCUGAUCUACGGACACUUUUCUAUGUGCAGCAGAUGAUCAAAGCUUUUUUAAUGUUCACCCCUUGUUGCUACCUGCAGCUGCCAUUUGUUAAGUGGAAAAAGCAAUCAUGUUUAAUGUUUGCCCUUUCUCCUUAUUGGUUGAGCAUGGUUGCUAAGGUGUCUGUCAAGUACUGGUUGAGAAUUUUAUGCACAAAGGGGCAUAGUGAUGUUACAGACACAACAAACUCCCAUGAUAAGAGAAUAAAGGGGCCAAUGUUGUCUGCAUGAACACAUUUGCAUUAUUUUGUUAAUUAGUUGCAGUUCUGCAGAGCAGUUUGUACACACAGCCUUGAAAAUUGUGACUCAAAUUAACUUUAGUGCUCAAAAGCCACUUAUGGCUGUACUUGUGUGGAGUAAAAGAGACUUUAGUAACAUUUGCAUACAGAAUUUUCAAUCAAAGAACAUGAAGAUAAUCCCUACAAGGCUUAUCUAGUCGUGUUUUAAAGAAUAUCUCAUAUAAAGAGUGCAGGGUAUGAAUUAAGUUCAUCUUGUUUAAGUCAGAAAUGCUGUAAAAUAUAUAAAAAUGAAUAUAUUUUACUGUAUUAAUUACUGUGCAGGAGCUGUGAUCCCACACACACCACCUGGGUGUAACAUCGAGGGCUGUAAAGUCCCAGUCGACUUGUCAACUUAUUGGUCGAUACGUGCUGAGUCGACCAAAAUUCUGAUUGGUCAACUCGAUUUUUUUUCAGUUUACAAUUCUAUGGUUGAUUUCAUCAGAAGGAACGUACCAAGUGCUAAUGGGGGUGUUUUCAGAGCACCCCCAUCUCACAGGUAACAGCCUGUCUCAGAACAUCCCCCUUGUUUUCACCAUUUUGGAUUUGCCCAACCCACCGGCUGGAAACAGAAGGAUUGAAGAGCGUCCAUGUUAAUCAACGUCCGGUGGUUUGCUGAACAUUUAUAUUUUAGCCUUUUGUGUCUAAUUGCCUUCUUGUGCUGACAUCAGUAUAUUUUCACUUCGCCGAGCAGCGUCAUCCCCUGCCGCAGAAGGGUUUGCCGUCAGAGUUGGAAACCCCCUCCCCCCAAUUACUUGAUUUUUGGUCAAAAAUUCAGGGUUUUAGUCGACCAAGAAUUUCCUUGGUUGAUUUCAGCCCUGGUAACAUCACACCACAAACAUAAUGGACGAACCCCAUAGAGUAUAUAUACUGUGGACAAUUUGGUCGUGCCUUCCGUCGUUAUACAAAUUUGAAGCUGAAUUGCUCUCGGUAUUUCCGGGAUUUUACAGUAGCCCGUCACCAGAGGGUGCUGUUCUUAGGGUGGCUUCACCCAGUGAGGAGGCAGACGGCGUUCAUUUUAUAUUUAGUCUAUGAUGAACCCUCACACAGCAUCAGUCAAGAGCUCUCUUUGUGCUGAAAUUACCUUCAGGGGUUUGUAAAUGCUAAGCUUGGCCAGAGGUUAAAGAUAAGUAGUGCAGGGAAGGUUUUGUCGAUAGUGGACCUCCACGGUGUGGUUUCUAUUGUGCGGGCAGUUGUGGUUGAAUUUCUUGUGAGUGCCAGAUGGAGCAAUUUUAAAGAGGACAAGCUUGUUUUGACAAGAGCUCACCAUUGCUGGUUUAUUGUGCACUCUACCUCCCCUAAAUAAAGAGAGGAGAGAAAACAGAGAUAUAUGAGGAUAUGAACAGUUUUCUCUCAACACUCCUAAUACUUUUCCUUAUUUAAGUCCUUCGUAUGUGUUGUUCAAACUGAUUCUGAUGUCCUUUUGAUGAUGUCCCCUGGGAAUUGUCAGUUAUAUAAAAUAAACUCAAGUAAUUGCAGACUAUUUUCUGUAGGAAGCUCCUUCCAGAUCUACCUGCAUCUCUCAGUCAUAACAUGCUGAUUGAAUCUGUAUGUCAGUUUUCUCUUGAUGUGAGGUUUUAUGUAAUGCUGCAUUCCCAACGUCUAUUUGUGCUAAUUUCAUUAAUCUAUGCGAGUUGGUUUCACGGACCGCAGAGGCUGAGCAUUAAUUAGUGCUAUAUUAGGGUUCCCCCAAAUGCUCCCCCUGUGUGCUGUUGUGUAACAUGAUGUGUUCCUGAAAUCCUCUGGUUAAGCAGUAAAGAAAAACAUGUUCCCAUUCAUCAAAACAGCCUCUUCCAGUACCAUCUGAAAGCUCUCAGGACACAUUUCAAACACCCAGUCCAGGAUAAUUCAUUUUGAUACCAAACCUGGUGCAGAGAGUUUUUCUUCAUUUUAUUAGCUGUAACUACAUUCCUUUCACUGACAUCUCAGCUGAUGAUGACCUGUUUUUGAGCAUUUACAGACAUGAGAGUCAAAUAACCUUAUGAAAGAAUAGACCAUUUUCCUCAGGAGAGAACAUCCUGCUCUGUUUGUGAUGAAGAGAGUGCAGCUAACACUCGCUGGAUAAUGACAUCUUCUGUCCCUGUGUGACCUGACUUCAGUCUGCACACCACAGGGAGUCUAAAAGUUCACCUUUUUCAACCUAAUUAAGAAGCCGUCUCCAAAUUAUGAAGCGGUGUUAACAUACAAAAUGCCAAAGUGUCCCUGAAUGCACCUGAAGGGUUGUCUCCCUCACUUUGGGUUAUAGUUUUAGUCUUUGCCUCGACCUGGAAAAUUAUAUUUCAAAUUUAAAGAUAUUAGAUAGAUACUCAGGUAGGAACCUCCUGGUUUUUCCGGGGUUAAGGGUUAAAGCUGACCGAGCCUUUUCCAUCCCUCAUGCAGUCGUUACUAAAGUUAGUAUAACUAGAGAAGUAAGCAGUCGGCAACAUUCAUCUCUCGAGGGGGUGUCUAACUGGGUAUUACUGUGUGUUUGACCCUAACUCAAAUUUAUGCCGGAAUAUCCCUUUAUGACAAGACUGUACUGCACAAUAAAAGCAGGUAUUCAUUAAAAUUCCAAAAGUUCAGGUUGCAAAAGGUUUCAAUAAAAGAAUAUUGCCUUGAAAAAAUGAAAAUAUGAAUGCAAAAAUAUCUCACAUGUGUAAAGGUGCUGAAUUAUUUUAGACCAUUGUGUCUUUCAAAAAGGAGAAAAAGAAAUUGAUGUUUUAAUGAAAUAUGGAUGUAGGAUCACAUUUGACGUUCAUCAUUUUGUUUUUUUUGUCUUUCUACAUUCCUAAAAAAUUUCAAUUAUUUGUUUGGUCUUAAAAACUACAUGGCUCCAAAUUCUAGGUCUCUAUCAAAUAAAGGCAAAAAGCUCCAAUAUCUUUGAAUAAGCUUUACAAUUUUAUGAAUAAGCUUUAUGAUGGUGCAAGGCUACAACAUAAGAAGCUUGGGCACAAUUUUUAAUAAAAUUUUUAAUAGCUUUAAACUUUCUUUCUAAGUCCUUAGCCCAUGCAGUCCAUUUAUUCCUUGAUUAUUCAAUCACAGCCUCUGUUUUGGGUAUAGGUGCAAUCUAAUUUAGUGCUUUGACACAAAGAAGGUCAGUGGGAAAAGGCACGAAGGGUAAAUUAUUCAUACACGUGCCUUCUUACUUAGUCAUUUGUCUUUAAUAAAUUGUAUUAAUUAGAGCCUUCAGAACAUUACUAAACCUUUUCUUUUUGGACUGAAAUUGGUGUGCCCAGAGGAAACCUUAAAAAGUACUCAGAGGACUCCAGGUGAUUCAUGGACCUUACCAGCAUGAAUAUCAUGAAUAUAUUAGUUGUUAGAAAAUGUUUUCACACCAAAAAAUCUAAUGGUUUUAUUCAACUUUUUAGUGUCUUUCAUUCGGAGAGAUGAGAAAAAUUUAGAAGGCAAAAGUAAUCAAAUUGUAAGCGGACAAUAGCAAAGUACUGCUAAACAAAGCAAGCAUUAUUGGUUUUAUUUAUUAUUUUUCUUUAUUUUUUAUUUUUAUUUUUUUACAUACAACAGAGCCUUCGGGACCCAGAAAAAAAACAAAGAUUUUUCAGCCAUCUUGGUACAUAGAAGGGAGGAUAUCCACACACUUGGUCCGUGCAACUUUCACUUUUUGUGAAUGCCCCCCUCUCUACAUUUGAUUUUUUUUUUUAAUCCUUUUGCACAUUACUGAGAUAAUGAUAGGUCGAGCUGUAGUUCCUUCAUGAUAAGUCAUUAUGCCAAGAAAAUAAAGUGAUAGUAAGUAGAUAGUACUGUUACAAAAAAAGUUGUAGUAAAGUCAUAGUUUUACAAAAAUAUAGUCCUCGUGUUAUGAGAGUAAAGACGUGAUCAACUCAUAGUUUUGUUCAGCCUUCCUGAACCAAAAUAAGAAAAACUGGCUCAAACUGGUGCAUCUCACUCAGCCACACAGUAAUUGAUAAAACGGAUGUGGUCCACUCUUGUUUGUCCUUUCUGAGCUACAGUAGAAAACGUGGGGGUGAAACAAGAGCAAGGACCUGUUGCUUCUGUGGUAUAAGGACCUUUUCUAGGUAAUCAGACAUGAAAUAAUUGUGAUAUUCUUUUUCGCACAAACAUAUUUAAGGUCCCACUCUGAUCUUCUUUGUUAAAUUGUGAUUUUGAAGUUUUUAGCCAAAAUCACGUUACCUGUGUCAUUUUCACAGGCUUUCUUCUGCAGAGCUCAGGUAGCUCAUUAGCAAUUUGCCUCUGAGUCAUGGGCGGAGACAGCGCUGCUCUGCACACUCCUCUUCACGCUAGCUUACAGCCUAACAUUGCCGGUGUAUUGGAGUGGCAGGUAACAUAGGAGCUGUUCACUAAUGUCUUUGGGGACAUGAUGAAAGCUAAUAUCAUUAUUAGAUUUCUUAGGAGCAUUGCAAUCUGCUAACGCACAUGCUUGUUCUGCGAUUGUCCUCUCUAUGUCUCCGAGUCAGGCCUGCAUAGUGGGGCUCCGGGGGCGGAGCUUAGAUUUGUGACGUAGGAAAUCUCACCGAAUCUGAGCCUGGUGUUUUGGUCUGCCAGAGGUUUUACAGCGAUUUGAAUGCGGAAACGCUGAGAAAUGCAAUUUCACAUUUAGUUUUCUCAUGAUAUGUCCUGUAGCAUAAGAAAAAUGCCAUAUGAACAUACAGACAACAUGAAAAACAUGAUUUUCUUUGGAGGGGGUCUUUAAACAAACUCCUGCAAAAAUAUGUUCCAUGUGUUGAGAAAAUGCUAAAUUCUACAUAAUGUAACUUUAAAAUGUGACACCAGUGAGUUUAAGUGUAAUGUCAACAGCCUAACAGUAAAAAAAAAAAUGUUUUUACAAGUUUCCUCUUUCUUUGUGUCUGUAGGAAAUGCCACUGUGUUGUGGUGCACCUGCUGCACCAACGUCUUCAAAUCUGUCACCAACCGAUUCAUCAAGAACCUGGCAUGCUCAGGUAUCUGCGCCAGCCUGCUAUGCGUCCCCUUUGACGUGGCGCUGGGGGCCAGUCCUCGCUGCUGCUGGUGGCUUCACACGCUGGUGUUCUGCAAGACCAUCAAGUUUCUGCAGAAGCUCUUCUGCUCCGUCACUGUGCUCAGCUUCAGCACUAUCGCACUCGACAGGUCAGGAUCUGUCCUUCUUUCUGUCUGCCGAUAGUUGUCCAUAAAUGAUCACGAGUUUGCUCAAGGUUUCUGCCUCUUAAAGUACUGUUUUCCCUCACCUCUUUGUUGUGAUAACCCAAAUCUUAUUUUGCUGCUAAAUGAACACCCAACACACCAACCAAAUCCACACAGUGUUGAAGUAGAGAAAUCUUCUUCCAUUUUUCCUCUGAAAAUUCUGACAUUAUGUGUUCUUGCUUUACUAAAAGAGCACUCUGGGUAGCAUAAAAGUGAUGCUUUGUGUUUUGCUCAUCUGACUUUGAAAUAUGAGUCUGAAUAGGGCUUGUGGCUACCUCCCACUCACCUAGCAGGAUUUGACAGUAACACAUGUGAGAAGUGGAUGUUUCAAAUCACUCCUCUGCUCGCUUCAUCAAUACAUCAGUUGGCAGAGGCAGCUACAGGAAUCCUCUUCCUGAAAAUGGAGAUGGAAAAGCAAAAACACCCCCCCAACAUGAAAGAAAGCAGGAGGAUCAAAAUGGUGUUUAACUUGAGGAGGUUUUUAGUAGGGGAAGAAGCUCUUUUGCCAUCUUCAUGUACACCCUGUGUACGAUGGUGGGGCAUGUGUACUCCAGGCUGAGUGGCCUCCCUGCAGUGCUUAAAAUUGAAGCUUAAACUAUCCUGAGAUGACUGAUGCUGCCCACGUACAGUCCCUCAGUUAUAAACACGUGUUUUUAAGUCAAGCUGAUGAAAUCCUUCAUCAAAUAUAACUUUUAAUUCCUAAAAUGAAGUGAGAAGAACAGCAACUCAAUACAACUGCUUAUGGUUAGUUUCUGUAUUAAUGUUGUUUCAUCUUCAAUUUUCUCCACUACAAGAGGAGUAACCAGGAAUCCAGAAUAGUGAUGGGAUUUACGGCUCUUUUUAGUGAGCCAGAUAAUUUGGCUCAGUUCACCAAGAAGAGCUGGCUGUUUUGGCUACCAAACGGCUCUUCAUUUUACCACUUAUACAUUUUCGAAUUUGGCCAAAUUUAGUGUUGUUUAGCUUAUAAUAUCUACGUGUGAACAUAUACAGUACCUCUUUAACAAUUCAAUACAUCCUUUGUACUGAAGUAUUCACAAGUAAAAAUUACAUUUUUCAAUAUCAGUGAAUUGCUGUAGCCAACGUUUUUUUUUUUUUUUUUUUUUGCAUUUACAGACCCUUGUAACUCUCUGAAACCACCCAAUGAAUUCACUGACUCAUUUGUAAAACCACUCUGCCAUACAAAGCAGAUAGAAAUCCCAUUAUUUUGCCUUGUAGUUUUUUUCUACGGUCUGUGGGGGAAAAAGUGAGAAAAAAAAAUCAAUCGAUCAAUCAUCAUGGGAAACAUCAACUCUCUGCCCAACAAAAGCGAUGAGCUGGAGAUCUUGGUGAGGACUGAGAAAGAAUACCGUGAGUGCAGUCUCCUGUGUUUAACUGAAACCUGGUUGAAUCAAAACAACUCAGACCCCAGUGUGGAUCUACCUGGCUUCACUCUCAUAAGGUCAGACAGAGAUGCUCAAGCUAGUGGCAAGAAGAAAGGAGGAGGUCUGGCUUUAUUUGUCAACCAGAGAUGGUGUAACCCUUCACACAGAACUGUCAAGGAGAAGUUGUGUUUUCCAGAUAUUGAACUGUUGGCAGUUGCUAUUCAGCCAUAUUAUGUUCCCAGAGAAUUCAGUCAUAUCAUAACAAUAGUUGUUUACAUCCCACCCAAAUCAACUAAAGACAUUCCAUGAUUCACAUAGUUUGUGAACUGCCCUACCAGAGAAAACAAAACCCUGGAUCUGCUUUAUGCCAACGUCAAAGAAGCCUACAGAGCCACUGCCUUACCACCACUGGGCAAGUCAGAUCAUAACUUGGUCUAUCUGCAAACCUGUUACAGACCUUGUGUGCUGAGGCAGACUGUGACCAAAGUCAAAAUCAGAAGAUGGACACCUCAAGCCAGUGAAGCUCUAAGGGACUGUUUUAAAUCAACAGACUGGAAUGUGCUACUGGAAACAGAUGUGGAUAGUAUGAACAUUGAUAAACAGGUGGACUGCUUUACUGAUUAUGUCAACUUCUGUAGAGACACAGUUAUACUGACAAAGACUGUUCGCUGUUUCCCCAACAACAAACCCUGGAUCACAAGAGACAUAAAAGCAAUCCUUAACCAGAAAAAGAAAGCUUUUAAAGAUGGUGACAAAGAACAACCCAAACAAGUGCAACAAGAGUUGAAGAGGAGACUGAAGAUGGCAAAGCUGGAGUACAAAAAGAAGAUGGAGAAGAAUCUACAACACAGCAACAUCCGUGAAGUGUGGAGAGGAAUCAGUACCAUCUCUGGACACAGCAGUAAAAAGAAAAGACAGCCAGUGGUGGGUGAUGUGAAAAGAGCUGAUGAACUCAACUUGUUCUUCAACAGAUUCCCACUUCAACUGCUACUCCACCUUCCUCUCCGCAACAAAUCUCCACUACAACUUCUCCCCUUCCUGCUCCAUCUCAUUCAAAUGUCUCAACCACUUCAACUGCCUCCCUCCUAGAACACCAGUCCUUGUCUGUCACAGAAACAGGGGUGAGGAUGGAGCUUGGAAGACUUUGUCCAGGGAAGGCAGCUGGUCCAGAUGGUGUGUGUCCAAGGCUGCUUAGAGACUGUGCUGCAGAACUGUGUCAACCUCUCCACAAGAUCUUCAACCUGAGUCUACAUCUGGGGCGGGUACCUGCUCUGUGGAAAACAUCCUGCAUUGUGCCAGUACCAAAAACAAAAUGUCCUGCUGAACUCAAUGACUACAGACCAGUGGCCCUCACUUCACACAUCAUGAAAACCCUGGAGCGGCUGAUUCUACGCCUUCUGAGGUCUGAGGUCAAAGACAAACUGGACUCCCUGCAGUUUGCAUACAAAGAACACAUUGGAAUGGAUAAUGCUGUCCUCUACAUGCUUCACUGUACCCUGUCUCAUCUGGAGGAACUUGGGGUUUAUGUGAGGAUCAUGUUCUUUGACUUUUCAAGUGCAUUCAACACCAUCCAACCCACCAUACUCAAAUACAAGCUCACAGAGAUGGGAGUGGAUCCUUCCUGUUUUUCCUGGAUCGCAGAUUACCUGACAGGAAGGCCACAGUUUGUCAGGCUGGGAAGCUGUGUUUCUGGGACAUUAAUGAGCAGUACAGGGGCUCCUCAAGGGACAGUGCUGGAGCCAUUCCUGUUCACACUGUACACGUCAGACUUCAAAUACAGUACUGAGUCCUGCCACAUCCAGAAAUACUCAGAUGACAUUGCUAUUGUGGCAUGUAUCAGAAAUGGACAAGAAGCUGAAUACAGAGAUCUGAUAAGAGCCUUCAGUGACUGGAGUCACAAAAACUGCCUCCUCCUCAACAUCUCAAAAACAAAGGAGAUGGUCAUAGACUUAGGUAGAUCCAAACCCCCUCUUCAGCCAGUGAACACCUUUGGAGUGGACAUCGAAUCAUAUAAAUACCUAGGUGUACAUCUGGAUAAUAAGUUGGAUUGGUCUAAGAAUAUAGACUACAUCUACAGAAAGGGGCAGAGCCCCUUUUGCCUGAGAAGACUCCAAUCAGUAGACAUCUGUAGUAAGAUGCUGCAGAUGUUUUAUCAGUCUGUGGUGGCAAGUGUUCUGUUCUACGCUGCAGUCUGCUGGAGAGGAAGCAUUAAACACAAAGAUGCAAGACGUCUUAACAAACUGGUGAAAAAGGCUGGCUCUGUGGUAGGACUCAAGCUGGACUCAGUGGAGGAUGUGGUGGAGAAAUUUACACUGAGGAAGGUGGAGACUAUUCUCAAGAACAUGGACCAUCCACUACACAACACCUUGAUGGACCAAAGGGCAAAUGGUGGUGGACGGCUCCUCUCUUCGUUGCAGGACAGAGAGAUUCAGAAGGUCUUUUGUACCAACAGCCAUCUGGCUUUAUAACUCUUGUGUAAAUCGAAGAUAACUUUUAGAGACAUAUUAGGUGAGACAACAGACAACUGAAUUUCCCUCUGGGAUUAAUAAAGUUCUUCUUAUUCCUAUUCUUAUUUAAAAGUGCCAAUUACAGCUAUCUCUCUAGCAGUCUGCUUCUUUUUCUUCAUCUCUCCUCUAUUUUAAUGCAUGGAAACCAGCACUACUAUAGACUCAAAGUAUUCUCAUUUACUUAUUUUUAGCACAGUAUCAAUAUUUAAGAUUUUUAAGAGACGAUUAACGUCAGGAUAUAUUUUAGACUGUUGACAUUAGCUCAAAAGAACUUGCUUUUCAUAUGGCAUUUUUCUGAAGCUACAGGACAUAUCAUGAGAAAACUGAGUGCGAAAUUGCAUUUCUGAGUAUUUCUACAUUCAAAUUGCUGUGAAUCUCUGGCAGACCCAAACGGCAGGUUCAGAUACAGUGAGAUUUCCUAUGUAGCAAAUCAGAGCUCCGCCCCCAGAGCCCCGCUAUGCAGGCCAGACCCCGAGAAAUAGAGAGGACAAUCACUGAACAAGUGUGUGCGUAAGUGGAUUGCAAUGCACGUAAGAAAGUUAAUUAUGAUAUUAACUUUCAUCAUGCCCCCAAAGACAUUAGUGUCCAAGAGCUGAAUAGCUCCUAUGUUACCUGCCACUUCUGCUACACCAGCAAUGUUAGGCUGCAAGCUAGCAUGAAGAGGAGUGUGCAGAGCAGCGCUGUCUCCGCCCACGACUCAGAGAUGAAUUGCUCAUGAGCUACUGGAGCUCUGCAGAAGAAAAUCCUGUGAAAAUAACACAGGUAAUGUGAUUUUGGCUGAAAACGUCAUAAUCACAAUUUAAAGACCAGUGAGAAGACUUUAAGUAGUAAAAAAAAAAAAAAAGUGGUGUGGGACUUUAAAGCACAAAAAAUAAUGUUGGUGCUCAACUUUUUACUUUACACUCUUGCUUGUAUUUACUUUCUUCAAUUCAACCAAAUAAUAAACUAAAACUGACAUUUGAAAGUUUUAUGCUCAUAUAAUUUAGCUUAGUUUUGCAUUAGCAGGUGUGACAGACCUGCUUCUAUUGUCCAUGUUUUAUUCAAUGUGUUGCUGUUUCCUGCAAAUUCUUCAAUAAUAUCAGGCAGUAGAUAUGACAUAGGGCAGGGGGAAUAAUAAAACUGAUGAAUGCAGAAAACAGGCAAAGCUACACAAACAAUAUUAAGCUUCAAGCUCUGACAUAUAAAAGUCACUCAGGACUGAAUUAUAUCAAAGUAAUUUAGCUGAGCGCAGUAUUAUAACUGUAAAUGAAGCUUUCAUUUAAGUAUUAUUGCAGUCGGACCCAGUGUUCCUGGAGCCUCUGCCUCAAAGAUUAUAUUGCCUCCAUAGCAACAAAUACAGCCAGUGCUAUCAAAUCCUAUGAAUUAUUUAUUCUCAUGGAGGCUAAUCGAGAGUGUGGAUUUUCAAGCCUGCUGACACCACAAACACACACUCACAUGGCGGCAUGUGCUGAUGAAGAGACAAUCCAGUGUUUUGAGUGAGUCCUUCACCAGAUUUGUUUUGCUUAACAACAAUAUGAUGAAGAACAAUCUCCAUGCUCCAUUAGCUGUGAGAGGAGGAAAUACAGAUCUGUAGAUGUGGGCUGACAACACCCGACAGAUUUCAGCCUCUGUGUAAAGUAGAGCACCACUGAAAAAGAGAGAGAAAAACCUGAAAUGAUGAGUGCAAAAUACUUCACAGGUUUUUCAGUCCUUUAACCUAUUUAGUCAUUCUUUUAGGUUGUUGCAUCAUUUCAAAGGAUCACAAUGUCUUAAGAGACGAUAUAUUCAGAUAUACUUUUUAAUGGGGAAAAAUAACGAUGAAUUUGGUUGUACUUUAUGAUUAAGAUGGUCUCUUAUUCGUAUGCCUCUGUUUUACUACUGCAAGAACAAAUUUAGUUUUCUAUUCUGAUUCAUCUCACGUCCACAAGGUUGGAAACAGUCAAUUCAAGCACUGAAAUAAGAGAGCUCAGGUUUUUCUUUUAUUUGGGAACAUGGAUUUAAAUUCAGACUGGAGCUUGACACAUGGGAACACAUUGACUGAUACUGAUGUAAAACCUUGAAAAUUGUUGUUGCAUCACUAAAAAGCUGUAUGUUACAGCUUAUCAACACAGAUUCAAUGAGAAAAGAUAAGACAAGUUAAGAUUAAUGUAAGUUAAGAUAGGAUAAGUGAAGAUAAGAGGAGCUAAGAUGAGUUAAGUGAGACAAAACAAGACAAGACAGGUAAAAUAAGCCAAGUUAAAAUAAGAAAAAAAGAGAAAGUUCAGAUAAGGUAAGACACGACAAAUUAAGUUAAGGUUAAUUUAAAUUAGGUUGAGUUAGGUGAAGUUAAGAUAGAAUAAGUUAAGACAAGACCAGUUAGGAUAAGUAAAGGCCACUUUUGGACCGAAACGGUCUCCAUAGAAAACUGAGAAAUUUAGUUUCGUUUAGGGGGGUCCGUUUAGAUGGCAACUGCGUUUUCAGGAGCUGAAAACGUAACAAAGUGAAAACCCCCUCCAGAGUGGAAAUGUUGUUAACGCUCUGCUAAUCCCGCUUUCGUCUAAAGUACAAAAAUGCUAAAAAUGGUCAAACCUGUGACGCCAUGGCUCACGUAUAUGACAUCAUAGCCAUGCACAGCUUCCUUGAAAAUAACAACAACCAUGCUAGACAUUCGAGUUGCGCUGUCAUUAUUAUUGAACAGACAGGAGCUCAAUUUCGACCUGUACAGAAUCCUCACGUAUCAUACUGCUCAGCAGAGGAGGUGUCUGAAUUAUUUGCAUCAAAUAAUUAAUGUAGAACGGAAGUUGUUCUACGUAUGCGUUGUUGGUCUAAAUGGGAGCAUGGUCACACCGACACGCGCCACCUAGCACCUGGCAUGCACAUUACAGCGUUUUCAACCACAUUACGUUUUUGUGUAAACACAGCAUAAAAACACCACUUUUCCGUUUUCUAUGUAGACCGUUUCUGUCUAAAAGUGGCCUAAGUGAUGGUAAGACAAAACAAGACAAAAUAAGCUGAGAUGCAUUUAAAAAAGAGACAAGACAAGUUUAUGUGAGGUUAAAAUGAGAUAAGUCUAAAAAAGGUAAGAUUAGUUGUGACAAGAAAAUAAAAGCAAAUGAUUGUAAAUUAAAUAAGGUAGGCUAAGGUGAGAAGGAUUAGAUAAGUUAAGUUCAAAUAAGUAAAAUCUGGUGACGUUUAGUUAAGAUAAGUAAGGUGUAGUAAAGUGUCGUCAAGAUUAGAUCAUUAAGUUAAGAUUUUAAUCAACCCAGAGGGGAAAUUCAGUUGUCACAGCAACACAAAUGUAGUCAGCUAGAAAAAACACAAAAGAGUAAGAGGGAAAAAUAAUAGAACAUUUAUACGGCAAAUAAAAGUAGAGUAAAGAAAAAAGUAUAUAAAUACAAUUGUUAAACAAACGUAUUAAUAAAUCAGAAUUAUGCAGUGCAGGACAGAGCAAGAGCACAACAUCAAGUGAUGUAGAGGAAAAAAUCCUCUCCAGAUUAAGAUUAAUUUAAAUCACAAUGUUAUUAUCUGUUGAAAUAAAAAAAAAAAGGCUGCAGUGCCUGACAUACAGUUAAGCAGAUGGUUGAUUGAUUCUCCAAACUGAAAAUCAGCAGUAUUGUUCCUCAGUUGUUUCUUCAUUUUUAAAAGAUUUGACUGUAGCUGUGUGUGUAAAUGAGAAGGAGUUUGAUAAACAAGAAACUUCUCUGCUGCAUGGCCGAAUUUUUAACGAGUGUCAGCCAUCUUGAUUUGAAAAAGUUCUGGGGACACUUCAUUGAAAUUAUUUAAAAUUUAAGAUUUAGGUUCAGCACAUCCCUGAGACUUCAUUAAAAUCUUGACAUUGUUUUUUUUUCUUGUGUCCAGGUAUUACUCUGUGCUGUACCCGCUGGAGAGGAAGAUCUCAGAUGCAAAAUCCCGAGACCUGGUCAUCUAUAUCUGGGUUCAUGCGGCGGUUGCGAGCCUCCCCGUGUUUGCUGUGACGAAUGUGACAGACGUGUACGUAACCUCGUCCUGCUCUGAAGACCACGCCCGCUCUGUGGGCCACAUGGUUUACGUGUUGAUCUACAACGUUACCACGGUGGUCCUCCCUCUGGCUCUUGUCUUCCUCUUCAUGCUGCUUAUCCGCAGAGCACUCAGUGCCAGUCAGAAGAAGAAGGUGAUCAUCGCGGCGCUGCGGACUCCUCAGAACAGCAUCUCCAUCCCAUAUGUGUCGCAAAGAGAGGCCGAGCUGCAUGCCACUCUGCUGGCUGUGGUGUUGGCUUUUUCUGCCUGCAGUGCCCCCUAUGGAGCCUUGGUGGUUUAUCGCACCCUCUUAGCAGACUCUGAAGAGCUCCCCGUCUUUUUGUUUCUGACAGCUCUCUGGCUGCCAAAAAUUUCCCUCCUCACAAACCCGCUUUUUUUCCUGACUGUAAACCGCUCCGCUCGCCACAGCUGUCUGGACCUGCUGGCCAGGAUUUACAGACGCUACAGCCGUCGCAAUGUGGUCAGCACGGGAGGUCUGGCCUCUUUAGGAGCAGAGGGUGUGAUCGGGGAGCCUGUAGGACUGGAAACAGCUGGGAGAUCUGGGAGUCAGCUGCUGGAGAUGUUCAACAUUGGCCAGCAGCAGAUUUUCAGGCCGUCUGAGGAGGAAGAGGAGGAAGAGGAAGUGAAGAAUGACAUCCCCUCUCAAGGAUCAGGAGGCUGCACUGUCCCUAAAGAAGACCAGAGAGCUCAGUCCAGACUGGGGAGCCUCAGAGGGGACGGAACCACCAAAAAGGACCCUCAGCAGGGAGCAGGAGGGCUGGUCAUCACCAAAGACUGCCCUCCUUCAGUCACAGCACCCCGGGGCUCUCCAGUCCACACAUGUGCUUACACCUCUUCCUCUCAGGUGGCACCGGCUACCCCCACUGAGGCCGAAGACUCCACCCAGUUUGGCUUUGGACCAUUUGAGCUGCCGCCUCAGUGGCUACCAGAGACAAGGAACAGCAAAAAGAGGCUGUUGCCUCCACUUGGAAACACACCAGAGGAGCUGAUCCAGACCAAACUGCCCAAACCCAGGCCUGAGCGGAGGAUCAGCAGGAACAACAAGGUCAGCACCAUCCCUGCUGUGGAUCCAUGAGCUGCUCCUGCCGGUUACUGUUCCGCAAGACCGGACACAGCCUACUUGCAGGGUAGGUCUCUUGAGGGAGCAGGAUAUUGAUGUGCAAAGCGGCUUGAGGAGACAGAGCUGAAGUCCAGUUUUGCUCUUAAAUUCUUGACCUUUCAGCUUUGUAAGUGGUAUUAAAUCCACUCCAUAUGAAAUAUGUGCAAUGAUGUGAGAAAUACAGUAGCUCUGCUGUGACUUGUUUAGAUCCUCCUCAAUGGUAGGAGACUCUGAUGAAGUCUGCCUCUCUGAUCCGAGCUGGCAUCAGUGAUUAAAUGAACACCGUGCAAAUCUAAUUACCCUCAACGAUGCACUGAUACAUUUUUCAUAGUCAAUAAUGAACCCCCUAACAAACCCGUUUGUUUAAUGGUCAUGCUGUGAUUGCACUCUGUAAAUGAACACAUCUCAGUGACAGUUUGGUCUCUUUCCGCCCUGUUUGAGGCUGUUUUUGAUCUCCAGGUUUGACUUCAGUAUUUGGGAUUUUGUCGCCCUUUUUUCUCUCAUGUCCCCUUUUUGUAUAUUUUGUCUCCAAAUUCUAAAAAAUCGCUGUUAUUUGUAGUUUUGACGUAAAUGUAUUUUAUGAGCUAAAAUGCAGAUGUACAGUUUGCUGUGAUGAGUUCUUUAAAUGUCAUUUUCAGAGUUUGACCGUGUGUUCACUCUUGUUUCCUGGACAACAAAUUUCAUCAGAAGAGUGGAGCGACUUAUCUCAGUGUGUGUUUUGAUGUUAAUAACAAAGAAGAUUGGUCCUGCCUGAGUUAUUUUUAGCCCUCUUCGAUCAAUUUUAUUGAUUUCCCUCAGGUUUCCUGAAAAUCAAUUUCUCAUCCAAAUGAUUGUAAAAUACUGGAAUAAAAAUAAAACACUUUUUUUAAUGAUGAGCAUCUCUGUAAAACUCUUUUCAAAUUUGAAUCCCCCUCUCUCUCUCUCUCCCUGACACUGUCCGCUCUCCGCCUCCUUUGUGAUGCAUAAUUCAAAGGUAGCAGCAUCAUCCUGAGGCUCAGGCUGAGGUAAACAGAGUCGGGCUGCACUUCAAAUAUUUGUCAAGCUGUAACUCCCUCUGGGUUACCCACAAUCCCUUUCUGUGUCCACAAAGACCCUGAAUCUAUGCUUUGUCCUCUCCCAUGCUGUUAUCAACUCGAGCAGUGCUUUCAUGCUUGAGUGAGUGAAAAUAGAACCUACUGCUACUUAGAAAGAGGAAAGAGAGGAGUAAUAGGUUUGUUUUUACAGGUUUACUUACUUUGGACACGGCUGAAUUAGACAGAAAACUUCAUGAAUACUGUAAUCACAGCAGUCUGUAUACAUGUUUUUGAUGUGGGUGGGAAAGCAGAGCGGCCUUGGUUGAUAUUUUCUGCCUGAAAUGAUUCAAAGCUUUGUUAGACGGGGGUUUUGUCCUGUGGCUCAACAACAGAGAUAGACAACAACAACAAUACAAAACAGAGACGGAGGUUUAUGUAACAUGUUUUCAGGUCAGCUCAAUCAAUUUAGUAUCAGGAACUAACUUUAUUUAUUUGUUUAUUACAGAGCCGAACUGACAUUCAACUACACCACAUCCAUUAUUAACAUACGAAGCUCCAAGCUGAUUCACUAUCAUGGUCUGAAUGAUUCAGUUGUGUUUAGAAUUCUCAGCUCUCGCCAGUGAAGCAAACUACGUCUUGAACAGUAGUUUGUGUCUUUGUAUGAACUUUACAUGUAGUUUACUCAUGCAAAUGAUUUCAUUUAGCCUCCCUGCAAACAGCUACAAACCUGCUGAUUUCUGCAAUACUGAAAUUGGGUAUUGUAACGUUGGACCUUAUGAGGCUUCCUUCACUUUUCAAGCCAUCCACAAGUGGAUGCAUGAAGGGCUGCAGUGUUUUAUGGACUGUUGGGUUGGCUUCAUUUGUCAACACUGGAGCAUAGGCAGACUGCAGUAUUAGCAUCUGGUAUACAGGCCAUAACCAGUGUUGGGGUAGUUACUCGUAAAAAGUAAUUUGUUGCUUGUAAGUAUUUACUUCUGUAAGUUGUAAUGAGAUUACUUACCUAGUUACUGCAUUAAAAAAGUAACUUCACUACUUAUUACUUUCCUUUCCUGUUUCUUCAUUUGCCAUGUAGGGUACAUGGACAAACAUCAUAGCCCAAUCAUCACUGAGCAUAGUCCGCAUCGUUUCGUUUAUUGUAUAAAUGUUGCCUUUGUAUAGAGUGCAUUUCACAGAAUUAUUUUUGUCCUUUUGAUUAAUAAAGCGAACGUAAUGCGUGUAUCGCCACUUGCUGGUGUGUUGUCCACCUCCGUCUCCAUUUCCAUCUCGCUUUUGCAUCAGCAACUGCGUCACUCAAAUUGAUCUCUCCAUGGGACUUUCAAAGGCCACGUUAUUGCGCAAUGCAUUUUGAGUCGGAAAACGCCAUUUUCGCAGGCAACUUUUGUCGCUACCUUUUCCAUCACAGUAACUCGAUUUGUACUGCACAUGUGCGAAACAGCUCAGCAAUUCUUGGCCCCUCACAGUUUGCAACAGCUUCGACACUUGUUCAACAGCUUCAGCAUCAGGAAGCUCGCUUCAGUCAGAAUGGAUGCUUCAGUUUAUUACCAGCUGCAUGCUUUUCUCCUGAACAGAGUGCUUCUCAGAGCCCUGGAAAGUCAAGAAAAUAGCGCCCAAUUUCACGAUCAACGGUUCCUACUACAGCUUAACUGUAAAAUUGCAAUGUAGUUAUAAAAGGCUUGAAUGAAUGUGAAAAGUUCAUUGUUGUAGUUGAAAUGCUGUAUAAAAUGCGGAAAUUCAUUGUCCAUAAUGUGUAGGUUUCUUGUUAAAAACUUUAAUUUAUAGAAUAAAUGAAACAAAUCCCCCCUUGAUACUUUAAAAAGUCAGAUCCAUGACUUUGACCAGGUUGUGGCGCAUUCUAGCCUGGAAAGGGUGCACAAUGGGUGGUCACACCUCCAUUUUGCAUAUGCGCACUACAAAUCGGGUUUCUGGGACGGAUAGGGUAGUGACAACUUUUAGCUUACAUUAGACAGGGAGAAAAAAGUGAGAAAAAAAACCCCCAAGAAAAAUGAAUCCAACAAAAGAAGAGUGUCAGAGUGUACAGAGACAAGUUGGACAAUAGUCCAAAGGCUCAAUAUCAAGAAAAAGUAAAAAAAGAUUAAAUUGAUCCUUAUGAGCACCAAACCCCUGCUUGUUGUCACAGAUGAACAAGCAGCAUGCAUGCAUGAACCACUUCAACAGAUCAGAACUUUGCACACAGGGAAACACAGCUGAUGUAACACAGAAAGGCGCGUUUCUAUUGUUUAGUUAAGCAAUUAAGCUUCUGAUUUUUUUGUGUAGUGCCUUACUUUACUUUGUUACCCCCCAAAAAGUUACAUCGUUACUGUAAUCC